GACGGGUAUCGUCGUCCGCAGUUAGACCGAGUCCGCUCGCGCAUUCGCAUUAAUUUCCAAUCCCGCGGUGCUCUCUGCUCGCGUCACGGUUCUUUUUUUCGCGACCCCGUUUUCUCGGCGCAAAUCGGCCGUCGAGCUGCCGAUCGGCCACCGAUCGUUCCAGGGCUCGAUCGUGUUUUUCGGCCGCGAGGGUUCUCGGCGAGGGUUGCCGCGAAGUUCGCCCCGCGAGGAGAUGCCCGCGAGUUCGAAUCCGCGGAACGCGAAAACCUCCGGAUCGAGAGAGCGAAACGUCUCGUGAGACGGGGCUCGUUUUUAUCCGUUUCUUCCUCCAAUCGCUUCCUUUCCGUUUUGGUGAAUCGUCCCGGUCGUUCCCUCGUUCUUUCGAAGAGAGCAAGGAAACCGAAUAGAAAGGAGGCCAUCCCGUCGACGCACGCCGAUAUCCGCGGCAAAGACACGAUUAUUCAGGACACCGGGGAAUAGUUUGCCCUACAAAGACGGUUUAUCUAAUGGAAAAGUCCUACGUUCCGCCACGUACCACCACGAUCGUGCGGAGAAGAAGCCGCCAGUGUGUUGAUGUGCAGUGAACACGAAAUCGGUGUGCACGGGAAUUGCACCGGAAGUAAGGUCUUUUAACGCGAACGAAUUUACCGAGUGGAGGGAAGACCAUACGAUUGCAUCGUGUAACCUCACCCUCGUUAUUCGACUUUUCCCGCAUACGUUCGUGCGUGUUUGUGCGUCUUUCGACUCUUGUCGUCAACGUGAUGAUCUGGACGAAUUCGACGACCACGAAUAUGGAAAAAUGAAGGCUUCGGAAGAUCGCGCACUCGAUCGCAGCACCACACUUUUCAACUAUAAAUGACUGAUGUGACGCAGCCCAUCAGGAAUAUUUUUAUGCAAAAUGAUUCGUGCCCUUGUCCUUCUGUGCAUGGCCGUUCUACCUGUUGUACGAUGCCACAAGAUCCACGAACACAUGACGAGGGAAGAGAUGUUGUUGGUGUUUCACACGGGACACGAAUCUGUACCAGCAUACGAAGUUGUGCCUGUGUUACAUUCAGUACACAAAAGAAAUAUGGAGAAGCCAGAGAUACACCUGAAAGCCUUCGGAAAAGACAUCGGGCUGUCGCUGAAACUGACGGAGGGGUUGUUGGCAGCGAACUUGCCAAUGUGGAUUGUCACAAAAAAUACCUCGCAACCUGACGGUCUCCAUUACGAGAAAGUGACAGCUGCCGCCACAGAUAUCGGUGACAUCUAUCAAGACACGACGAACAUGGCGUCAAUUCUUCUGCAUCAAGACGCGAAUGGGAAAGUGCUCGUUGAUGGAAACAUCGGUGGGGAAAUGGUGAUCAGACCACUACCAGACCGGGUACUACACGAAGUAGUGAAUAGGAUACCGACUCUUCACAGCGAUGAAUUAUUACCGAACGUAACACGAAGUAAAGAGAAGUUGAAGCAUACGAAUCAUCACGUUGUCUUCAAGAAAACACCCAGACACAAUUACGACGAGUACAGCGAUUUUACGCUGAUGGAGCCCGACCAUUUAGCUAAAAGGUACAGAUCGAAACGUUCGAUGGCCAAUAGAUCGAGGAGAGAAGCGCCUUACGUAAUUUAUCCGGAAAUCCUUUGUAUCGUGGAUUACGAUGGAUACAGGUUACAUGGUGGUGACAAUGUACAAAUCAAAAGGUACUUCGUGUCUUUUUGGAACGGAGUAGAUUUAAGGUACAAGCUGCUGAAGGGGCCAAAGAUCCGUAUCAGUAUCGCCGGAAUUAUUAUCUCACGAGGAAGGGAUGCCACACCGUAUUUGGAAAGGAAUCGUGUGGGACGGGACGCCAUCGAUUCGGCGGCUGCGUUGACCGACAUGGGCAAAUAUCUUUUCCGCGAGAGGAGACUUCCGGUUUAUGACAUAGCUGUCGCCGUCACGAAAUUAGAUAUGUGCAGGAGGCAAUACGCGAAUGACGUGUGCAAUAGAGGAACCGCAGGUUUCGCGUAUGUGGGUGGAGCCUGUGUUGUAAAUAAACGUUUGGAAAAAGUGAACUCGGUCGCAAUCAUUGAGGACACUGGCGGAUUCAGUGGGAUUAUUGUUGCCGCACACGAAGUUGGUCACUUGCUUGGUGCUGUUCACGAUGGAUCACCACCACCCAGUUAUCUUGGAGGACCUGGAGCAGAAAAAUGUCGCUGGGAAGAUGGCUACAUCAUGAGUGAUCUUAGACACACAGAGAAAGGAUUCAAAUGGUCUCACUGUAGCGUAUCAUCCUUUCAUCAUUUUUUAAAUGGAGAUACAGCUACUUGUUUGUAUAAUGCUCCUCACGAAGACGAGGCACUUCCUAGAGUUCUGCCUGGAAAAUUGCUCUCGUUGGAUGCACAGUGUCGAAAGGAUCGUGGAACUAGUGCUUGCUUUAAAGACGAUAGGGUUUGUGCUCAGCUGUUUUGCUUUGACGCUGGUUCCGGAUACUGUGUGGCGUAUCGUCCCGCAGCUGAAGGCUCUCCCUGCGGAGAUGGUCAGUAUUGCCUGAAUGGAAAGUGUGUGGCCGAACAUGAAAAUAUUAUACCAGACUACACACAAAAUAUUCCGACGUAUGUUCGCCGAGACGGCACCUAUAAUCCAACAGCUCAUAAUCGGCCCCUCUUCGCUCAAUACAACACCACAGAAUACAGGUAUCCGUGGGAAUCAUCGACACACAGCACGCUACUAUCAAAAUUUAAAUACUCCUCGCCGUUAACGAAUCUUUUUUCAUCAUCGUCGACGUCGACGACCAGUCCUUACAAACGCAUCACACCAUUCUCAACAACUCCGGCAACCAAAUACAUAUACACGACUGCCAAUUAUUUAUACGCCGGCAAAUACAAGACUAAAGUAAAUAAUAACGACGACAAUAGUAGUAAGAACAAAUACGGUAGCACCACUACCAGAAAGUAUACGAACCAUAUAAACUCGUAUUAUACCGUUAGCCCCCUUCCGAAAGUAACCAAUGAGUUCAGUUAUCCGAAAAUUAGCCCGUUCAAACAUAAGAGUACUAUGAGCAUGAUGUCGUUUCCGCCAACCACCAAAGGAGACCAGAAUGAACUUCAAACAAAUGGUCGGGAACCAGAGGACGAUGAAUGCGCGGACGUAGGGUCAGAUUGCGCGGAGCUGAUUGACAGGCUGAGAACAUGGCUGUGCCAUUUGCAAUCUGUGAAAAAACGCUGCUGCGCGUCCUUAAAGACGAUUUGCUCCGCUUGAUCAACAGAGGAAGAACGAUCCCAAUUAAUUAGGACGUCGCGCGGCUACGCCGACCACGGAUCCGACAAAGAAAAUCAGCCUGCGCUCAGCAAGCAUUCAGUUGAUCGAGCAGAAAGCUCGAACGAGAGGGACUAAAAUUGUGUCCUCGGUGUCGGAACACAUUUUCCGAACGGCCUUUCAAAGUUCUGAACGCUCCCGCGGCCCUGGCCGCGCAUCAAAGUGCAGUUCCCCUCAUUAAAUAGAUAGAUGUAACUGUUAUUCAGAUAUAACUUCAUUCUUUCCUUUUUACGGUAGUACCGCAGGAGCUUUGUACAGAGAACGGGUGUUACGAAUUCGAUCACUGUCGAACAAUUCGAUCGAUUUCAUUCGGUAUUCAGAUGCAUAUUUAUUCGAUACAUGCAAUCGCGUGGGUCACUUGUGUUAUGAUAGAAGUAUUUCAUUACAUGCGCGUUUGUGUGUGUAUAUAUGAGACGAGCUUUCCUAAAUCAUGAAAAUUGUAGCGCAAGAUAAUAAAUGGUGAUUAUACAAUGUAUAUGCGUUUCGUCUGUAUUCUUUGUUUCUUCAUAUAGAAAUCAUUUUGUAGAAAAUUGGAGCAAGUUCUUUGGAGAUGUUGGGAUGACUGGUUUACUAGACAAUAAGCGAACGAAAUUUUGCAAUAAUUGCAAGUGGUUGGAAUGAUAAGAAAAUGUAAAAAAUGGUGUUUUCACAACUUUUUUAUUUAAACCUAUAAUGAAGAUAUAAAUAGUACGUUUUGUAGAUCUCGGUAGCUUAUAUGCACGCUGAAAAUCUCAUCGAAAUCUCUUAAAGUUACAAUUAAAUUAGAUUGCAAAAAUCGCUGUUUUUCACGACUUUCGAUUAACAAAUGUAUGAUAUCUGGAGAUUCUUAUGUAACGUACAGAGAUAUUCCACCGGAGUUUCCCAGGGUCGCGUGUUUAUACUAAAGUUAGGUAAAUGUCCCAAUGAUUUGACGGUUAGGGAAUGAAUUUUCGCUAUAUGUUACUUAUUAGAUUGAUUAGGAUUAUAUUUAUAUUAGGAUAGAUUUAUUUGGAAGGGUAGAUCGCGUGCACUUACUGCACAGAUACUGCACUUUUCAAAAUGCAUUUCAGACGAAACCUUUGUAUGGACUGAAAUCCUCUAAUUGCAAAAAUGUUGAGACCCUUUCGUGGUAGUGAAUGGAUAUGGUACUGCAUGCAUGUAUUGUUCAAUUAUUCGACCAAACUGAGACGUAAAGUGAACAAAUUAUAACGAUAAAAGUAAUGACAAAGAAAUUACGAUUAAUUCAUAUAUUCAUCAUACGAUGAAAACAUGAAAUAAAAAGGUAUAAUUUUUAGCAGAAAGAA